GUAUUCAACUACGGACACACUAAGGUCAUUAUUUAACAUCUUUAUUAGUAGUUGUGAGCGUUCCAUAACAGAACAUGUCUGCAACACGGUACCGUCGGUUCUUAAAACUCUGCGAAGAAUGGCCACUGGACGAAACAAAGAAAGGCCGCGAUUUAGGAACAUUUCUACGACAUAAAGUAGCCCAUGCCUUCCGUGAAGGGGAAAACACGCAGCUCUCAGAUCCAGAGAAGUGUGAUCAAAUGUAUGAAAGCUUGAGCCGAAUCAACAACAAUGUAAAUCGAGAACGAUUCCCGCGCACAAAAGACACCAGUUUUACAGGUGUCACAGUUGAAGAAUGCAGAAUGCUGUUAGCAACAGGUAGCAUGCAGCAGAUGGAUGAACAGAAGAAGGGCUUGUGGAAAACUCUGAUGGAGCGUUUCUCCUCCAAACCAGAAGAUGUCACCCCCGAAAAGGCACCUGAGAACAAGUAGCAAUUGUCCUGUAUAUGUUUUUUUCUUUCCCAUUCAGCCCCUGUAAAAUUAAACUUUAUUCUUAUUU